AUGGAAGUUGAAGCAAGCUUUUCACAAGUUGCUUCUCCUGUCUUUGAUGGGGAGAACUAUGACCUUUGGGCAGUUAGAAUGGAGUCUUACCUAGAGGCAUUGGAUUUAUGGGAAGCUCUAGAAAAGGAUUACAAUGUUCCUACGCUACCAGGCAAUCCCACCAUGGCUCAGAUAAAAAAACACAAGGAAAGGAAAACCAAGAAAGCAAAGAGAUAUGAAGCAUCAAUAACCACGUUGGAGAACACAAAGGAUUUGUCCAAGAUCACUUUGGCAAGAGUGUUACAUGCCUUGCAAGCCCAGGAGCAGCGAAGGCUUAUGAGACAAGAUUGUGUGGUUGAUGGUGCUUUACCAGCCAAGCAAUAUAAAGGUGGAAGUACUGUUAAGUGGGACAAACUUGACAAGAAGGAGAUUCCGGGUAUUUUUGUGGGCUAUAGUUAA